AUGACAAAUUUUAAAAUAUUUAUUGCACUUUUUACAUCAAUAAUUCAAUAUUCUGCCUCUCAAAUGGAAUCAAUUGACAUCACCUGCUCUUAUGGACCAUCAACUUGGUACGGAACCACAAAAUUCAAUGAAUGUUCAGUCAGCAACAAGCUUGUUGUAGUUAAAAGAAAUUACAAAGUCAAAAGUGUCAAAAUUAUUACAGAAAAAGUUAAAGCGGAACUGACGGAAGUUGAGUCACUUAGCAUUGAAUAUGUUGUGAUGUACUUCCUGCUGCAAGGCUUUGAGAAUCAUCUACAGAACAUUACAGCAUUAAGACUUGGAUUUUGUCAAUUAAAAGAAAUUACAAAAAAUGAUUUAAAAGUUUUUCCAAAAUUGAAAUUUUUAUGGAUUUGGGAAAAUGAUUUAGAAGUGCUGGAAGCUGACUUGUUCCUGUACAAUCCAGACAUGAUUUAUAUUAAUUUUUAUUGGAAUUUUUUAAAGUCAAUUGAUGCGAAUAUUUUCAAUAAUCUCAAGUCAUUGGAUCUUGUUUACAUGUACAAGAAUACUUGCAUAAAUAUGGAUGCUAAAAAUAAAGAGGAACUGCUGAAACUUGUUGACGUAAUUAAGGAGAAGUGCAUGGAUAAGAAAAAAGAGGAUUUUGUGAAAAAAGUCGGGAAUUUUUGUGGAAAAAAUGAAAUUUUUACGAAUUAUUUUUUGUGGAUUUUUGUGAUUUUUAUUUAAAGGAAGUAACAGUCAGCUUGUGUCAAGGCUUAUGUCCUCAAUCUUUUUGAACAGAAUUUGCAGCUAAGCUAGAACUUUAC